AAUCCCCUUGAUUACCCCUUUUAUUCACAACGCAUAUUUUAUUUCUCUCUCACAUCCAUCAGCGAUUUUUUUAUUCAAUUCGCCACUUCCAUCUUCAUCAAAUCGCCACUUCCAUCUUCAUCAAAUCAGCGAUUUUUUUGUUCAAUUGACCCUGGGGAAGUUCGUCGGAGCAAUCAAAUCGCCACUUCCAUCUUCAUCACGCCGGCCACCACCACCACCAUCUUCAUGUUUUACAGGAACCCUAGCGGCGGUGACUGACGGCGAAGCCGUCAGUUCGGUGAGAAUCAACAUCAACGGCAGAUAUGGUUCUUUUAAACACUUUGUUGUUUUCAGAGGGUUACAUAUAUGGUUUCUUUGCCGAGGAUGUUCACCUUGUAGCUAGUGCAAGUAUAGCUAUUGCCAUUUAUGUAUGGAAAAUUACAGAAGGGACGGAUGAGGACGAUAAGCCCCAAAUAGGAGAAGGGGAGUCGGUUCAUCCUCAAGUUUGUUGGCACUGUCAUAAACAAGUUGGAUGGAUUUAUGGUUCAGUUACAGAGGUUAUCCUUAUAGGCUUCAAGAUGAAUUGCCACGGUCGACGAUCAGUUUUUUGUGUUCCGAAGAGGGCUGCAUCAAGGGUUCUGCUCCCAUUAAUAUUUCGGAUCGUCUUCACCAAGUUCUUAGGAGGGCUGAAUAUUUUCAUUCAAGUUUUUGAUGUUGCUCUGUUUUUUAAUGCGAUAUACACAUGUGUAUUCUGAUUUUGCUCUGUUUAAAUGCGAUGUACACAUGUGUAUUCUAAUUUUGCCCUCUUUUUAAUGCGAUGUACACAUGUGUAUAUCGUCUGUUUUUGUGAUAUCUCAGAAUUUUUUUUGUAUUGAAUGUUGAUGUACACCUGUGAAUUACGGUACACAUAUGUACGAUGCAGAGUACACAUGUAUACUGCUCUAUUU